GCCCGCAAUCCCAACUCUUCUUCAUUUCACAUCCCUUCUUCUCCAGGUCCUUGUCUCCUUUGUUCUUUUCUGGGUACCAUAAACCGCAAUCAUGAGCGGCCUACGGUUCCUCGACCUGGUCAAACCAUUUGUCUCUCUGGUUCCAGAGAUUCAGAUGCCAGAGCAGAAGGUCCCCUUCAACAACCGCCUAGUAUGGACCGGCCUGACCCUCCUCGUUUUCCUGGUGAUGAGCCAGAUGCCGCUGUACGGUAUCGUGUCAUCGGACACCUCAGAUCCGCUAUACUGGCUCCGUAUGAUGAUGGCGAGUAAUCGGGGUACACUGAUGGAGUUGGGUAUUACGCCAAUCAUCUCUGCGGGCAUGGUCUUCCAGCUUCUUGCCGGUACGCACCUCAUCGAUGUGAACCUGGAUUUGAAGUCGGAUCGCGAGCUCUAUCAGACCGCUCAGAAGCUCCUUGCUAUCCUCCUGUCUUUCGGCCAGGCUGUUGUCUACGUCGUUUCCGGUCUCUAUGGUCAGCCCUCUGAUCUUGGCGCUGGUAUCUGUGUUCUCCUGGUUAUCCAGCUCAUCAUGGCCGGCCUGAUUGUCAUUCUCCUCGACGAGCUCCUCCAGAAGGGCUACGGUUUGGGCAGCGGCAUCUCCCUCUUCAUUGCGACCAACAUCUGCGAGUCUAUCAUGUGGAAGGCUUUCUCCCCUACUACCAUUAACACCGGCCGUGGGCCCGAGUUCGAGGGAGCAAUCAUUGCACUCGUCCACCUCCUUUUCACUUGGCCUAACAAGACUGUUGCGCUCCGCGAGGCAUUCUACCGCCAGAACCUCCCCAAUGUCAUGAACUUGAUCGCCACCGUCGCUGUCUUCGGCGCCGUCAUUUACCUCCAGGGCUUCCGCGUCGAGAUCCCUGUCAAGUCUGCCCGCCAGCGUGGUGUCCGCGGCUCGUACCCCGUCCGUCUGUUCUAUACCUCCAACAUGCCCAUUAUGCUGCAGUCAGCUCUGUCCUCCAACGUCUUCUUGAUCAGCCAGAUGCUCUAUUCCCGUUUCUCCGACAAUCUCCUCGUCCGCCUCUUGGGUGUUUGGGAGCCUAAGGAGGGAUCCGCUCAGCUCUUCGCUACCUCCGGUAUUGCCUACUACAUGUCACCCCCGCUCAGCAUCUCUGAGGCUCUCUCCGACCCUCUGAAGACAGCCAUCUUCAUUGUCUACAUGCUGGUCGCCUGUGCGGUCUUCUCUAAGACCUGGAUCGAAGUCUCCGGCUCUUCUCCCCGCGACGUCGCCAAGCAGCUCAAGGAGCAGGGUCUCGUCAUGGCUGGUCACCGUGAGGAGUCCAUGUACAAGGAGCUCAAGCGCGUGAUCCCCACGGCUGCGGCUUUUGGCGGAGCCUGCAUUGGUGCGUUGUCUGUUGGUAGCGAUCUUCUGGGUGCGUUGGGCAGCGGAACGGGUAUUUUGCUCGCUGUGACCAUCAUCUACGGAUACUUUGAGAUUGCGGCCAAGGAGGGCGAUAUGGCCGGUUUGAAGGGUAUGGUUAUGGGAUAGAUGGGAAUGUACUUUGAGGAAGAAUGGGGUUUGUCGUUUCUUUGAGGGUGAUAUUCAUUUCUGUUUGCAGAGCGAGCGCGCGUGGGUGUGUGAGGUGCGCACUACCAGAUGUCUACUUUGGUCGGUGUGGCACCGUGUAUAUUAUGAUGGGAGGGAUAUAUCAUCUAUGAAAAAUGGACAAAGGGAAAAGCAAAGCAUCAGGCUUGAGUGUCCUUUCUCU